AACUGAGUGUAUUUGUGUCCCUUUCUACCAACUUGUAUAAGAAAGAGAUAAAAAAGACUGGUUCUACUAUCAGAAUUUGUUAUAAGGACUAUAAGGUUGUCGUUAACUAACCAAUAUUUAUCAAACGAUUGAUCUAGUUGCACUUGGGCCGCUGGAUCUAUCAUUUGGUAGGUGUUUGUUAGCUAACAAUAACCGUAGAAUGUGUUGCACAAUAAUAAUAUCAUAUGAACAUCAACAAGUUCUAAGGUACUUGUUAACUAACAAAGACUUAACAAGCGAUUGAUAUAACCCCACUUAGUUUAAGGCCGGUAUUUAUAAUGCCCUGUAUAAAACCUGUUGACCGCACUGUCAAGAUUGGUCAAUUUAUCUUGCAGAUAGCAAGUUUAUCGGAAGAUGAAUAAACCCCAACUUACAAGCUUUCAAAUUGGGCCAGUUUUCUCUCGGCACCCGGAAAUCUUCAUAGUCCAAGUUGCCGUAGCUGAGCAAAAUUCUAAGGGGUUCCCCUAGACCCAUAAUGUCGAAGUAGGUUAAUUUAUAUGGCGGAGACAUGGUUUUUAAAUGAGCUAAAAUAAAGUAAUAAUUUGGUAUGUUUUAAGGGGGGCUAAAACUUACCGUUUAAUUAAUUAGAAAAUUAAUCAAAAAUUGAUUGACCCUUUCACUGUCACAAGUUGGUCUAAGGUUACAAGACAAGAUGUCGAAUAAAUUUUGAGGUUAGGUUUUUAAAAAAAAAAAUGGCGGAAAAAAAAAGGAAACUGUAAUUAGUUAAAGGUUAUUUUUGUUAUAUUAAUGGAAAAUUAUUAAAACCAAUUAUGAAAAAGGGGCUAUAAUGGAACUAUUUUGAAAAACUGAUAAUAUAGAAGCGUAAAUCAACCAGGUAGGUAUUUGAGGUUAAGUUUCAAUCAUGUUUUUUGUUUGUACAACAUUUCACAAAAAUUAGUUUAACAUGCAAUCGGUUAAGAAUUUAAUAACGAAAAUGGCUCUAAAACAGAAAAAUUCCCGUCCCUUUACCGUAAUCGUAGAAGGUAACAUUGGCUGUGGAAAAACCACUUUCCUCGAGUAUUUCGGCAAACACAAAAGUAUUUGCGUCUUAGCAGAGCCCGUUGAUAUUUGGAGAAACGCAGACGGACAUAAUUUGUUGGGUUUAAUGUAUGAAGACCCCAAAAAAUGGAGCUUCACUUUUCAGUCUUAUGUCCAAUUAACGAUGUUGCAGAACCACCUUAAACCCACAACUUGUCCUGUAAAAUUAAUCGAAAGGUCCGUUUACAGCGCGCGUUAUUGUUUCGUUGAAAAACUUACAAAUGAUGGCUUACUAGCCAAACCAUCCUCAGCAGUAAUUGACAAGUGGUUUCAAUGGAUUAUUGAACAAAACUUUGCCCAAGUAGACUUAAUUGUAUAUCUUAGAACCUCGCCGGAAAUUGUGUACCAAAGAAUUUUACAAAGGAAAAGGCCUGAAGAGAAAACUGUGUCUUUGAGCUAUUUAAGAGCCUUGCAUCAGAUUCAUGAGGAUUGGUUAUAUCAUAAGACUUUAUUUCAAUGUCCUGCUCCUACUUUGAUAUUAAAUGCUAAUUUGGAAAAGAGUGUAAUUGAGCAGGAGUAUGAGAAAUGUGAAUCUCAUAUUUUGAAUUUAAGGCAUUUAGAACAGGUAUUAUAAAUUGUAUUCCAAUUACCAAAUAAGGCAUUUAUAUAUUAAUAAAGAUAUACCAAAGCUGUAUUUAAUAAAAUUUACUUAAGUUUAAUUUUUUUACACUUUAUAAAAUAAUCAUUUAUCGAACCAAUAAUCUUUUGGACGUUUAGCGAUCCAGGCCUCAACUGAAGGAAUAGAAGUGACGUUGCUUUUUAUUUGAACUAAAUUUGGAUAUUUAAAAAUAAAAUCUGCUCCGUAGAGGUAGAUGAGGAAUUCUGUCAUGGCAGUGAAAAAGAAAUCUG